AUGCAGCUUCAGCAGCAUCGGCAGCAACACAAGGUUGCGGCGGUAGUAAAGCAGCAGCAGCAACAAUACGAAGCGGUAGAUGCAAUACAUCAACAGCAGCAGCAGCACGAGGCCGUGAAUGGAAUGCAGCAACAACAGCAGCAACACGAGGUAGAGGAGCUACGACGACAGAAGGAACAAAUGUUUCAAGGCAGUGGAGAAGACCCCAAACAUCCCCCACCCCACCCCCUCACCUUCUGCGCCUCACAGUCCACCACGUAG